AAAGGUGGCAAUGCAUACAUUUUUAUAGUGGUAGACCAUUUUUCGAAAUUCGUCUUUUUAAAAGCCAUGAGGGAGGCCACUGCAGCAGCAGUCGUAAGGUUUUUGACCAGCGAAGUGUUCCACACGUUUGGCGUACCGGAAAUACUGCAUUCCGAUAAUGGAAAACAAUUCGUAGGAAAGAAGUUUGCGGAUAUGAUACAGCUGUACCAAAUAAAACAUGUAAGGACGGCGUUUAAUUCCCCUCAGUCCAAUGCGUCCGAAAGAGUGAACCAAUCGGUGCUGAAUGCGAUUAGGGCCUACUUGGAUCAGGAUCACCGCGACUGGGACUUAUAUCUGCCCGAGAUAGAGACGGCAUUAAGAAGCUCGAUACACCAGGCCACCGGCUCUACACCGUAUUUUGCACUGUUUGGCCAGCAUAUGUUCACGAGUGGGGCUGAUUACCAGUUGGCAAGAAAACUACACUCGUUGGAGGACUGCCAAAUCCGGCAUCUAGAACAUGGAGAUAGGAUGGAACUGUUGCGCGAGUCGAUCCGCAGGAAUAUACAUGGAGCGCACGAGACCAGCGCGCGGUACUAUAAUCGGACCACACGGCAGAUCACAUUCAAGCCAGGGCAAGAAAUCUUCCGAAGGAAUUUUGUACAAAGUGACUUUGGAAAGAACUUUAAUGCGAAAUUCGCCAGAAAGUUUGUCAAGUGCAGGGUUCGCAGGCCCGUAGGUAACCAUAUGUAUGAAGUGGAAAACACGCGCGGAAAGCUCUGCGGGGUGUACCAUGUGAAGGACUUAAAGCAGUAAGGAAUGUCUGAAGAAGGCGACCUACACCAAGGGGAUAUGAACGACCAACGAAGAGUAUCUGGAAGAGAGAAGAAAUAUAAAUCUGGAAUAUGUUUCAGAUAUUUCACGUAUAACCUGAGGCAAAUAGGACAGCUGAUAUUCCGGAGUAAGAAGCACCGAAGUCCAGACUGGGUCGUUGGGCAUUUUCCUUUUGAUUCCGUGGGCGUUUUCCCUCGUUGGGCGCUUGGAGAGUUCCUAUGUGUCCUGCGGGUUGCAAAUCCGUGGUUCUGGCUCCAGAUUACGGGUUAAGGCCAUUUCUUCACUGCCAAUUCUCUUGUUUUGUUUUCGUAUUCGGAUUGUUGUUCAUUGUCAGUGUGGUUGUUGUGGCCGGGCUAUCGAUAGCCAUAUCGAAUGUCGGCGCAGGGGGGAUUUUAUACUGGAAAAUACUGAGUUGUUGUUAUGGUCACCCCAAAUGUUAAACGGCCGUUGACCCGGCAAAUUUGAAACACGAGAGCCGGAGUUCGGGAAGGUGAUAGGAGAAGAGGAGAGCCCAUAACGAAAGUCACGGUCAAGGCGUUAAGGCUGCUGCGCUCCCCUCGCCAAGUAAAGUUUUUUUUGUGGUGCACGUGCGGAUUACAUAAUCCCGGUACCUUGGUGCGACAAUUUUUUUUUUGAGCUGCAGCAGCGCGCCAGUGUCCAUAGGCAACAACAACGUGAAGUAAAAGAAAGCAGGACUGGGAAGCCUGAAGCGGCGAAAAAACUUGAGCCGAUCAGACCCAGUUACCAGUUUCAAAAAUCAGCCAGGUCACCCAAGUUGGCCUGGCGAUAAUUUUUGUGAGGCCCGGACAAUAAAGACGGCCAGAGAUUUUUUGAAGAAAAUUAUUACGGCGUGGAUGACCGACACGCUUACCAAGAGGCGGCAACGGGAGCCAGUCGGCUUCAGUCAGAUUUUUUUUUGUUGUUAUUAGAUUUUUUUGAAUAAUUAAUUGUUUUAUCGUGUAGUGUUUGUUGUAAAAUUGUAUGAUUAUUUAUUUAAUGAUAAGGGUUAUUUACAUUUUUUUUGGAUAUUAAUUUUUAUUUACACAUAGGCCAUAGUAUCUACAUCUUAUUCAAAUGUUUUAAUUAUUUACACUUUGAAUACAUACGGUCUACAUGCAUUAUACUUACAUCUACACAUAAACGUAUAAUAACGUCUUAUACCCAUAUUAUUUAUAUUUAAAUAUUGUCGAAUUGGUUGGUUUAUUUGUAUAUAUUUAUAUUUUUAUUUAUAUAAAUUCAUGAGUGGCCCAAGUGAACGUGGUGAUUUGAGCCCGGAAUAAUAUUAAUUCAUGUUCUCUGCGUAUACAAUUACAUUCUUUUUUUUUUUAAUCCCUGGUAAAGAAAGAAUAAACAACCUUAAGAGCUCUUACGGUAGGUCAGGGUCAAGAAGUAUAUAAAUUUUGGGAAACCCGAGAACGUACACUGGGGUCCACAAGAGGGUAAUAUGUUGUAAAAACUAGUGAAUAAGAAUUAUUAAAGGAAAAUAAGAAAGACUAACA